AUGUUCGCUUUCUUUUUCAGCCUUACCAAUAACAGACGAGACUCCUACUACAUCCGAAUCGCACAUCUUCGGACGGUCGCGGAAUUAUCAACCGUGCUGCAAGCCGGAGAAACAUACGGCUCAAUCGGUCUACCGACGAGAUUGAGCCAGAAUCAAGACAACCAUAAGGCCGAGGGACCAUUUACUGUUGAGGUUUCAAAUCCGUCUAAAGUUGGCGAGGGUAUGUCAGCUCACAUAGUUUAUGAAGAGUCUUUUGUGUCCAGAAGAUUCUCAGAUUUCCUCGGUCUUCAUGCAAAGUUAUGUGAAAGACAUUUAUCUAAUGGGAUUAUUAUUCCACCUGCUCCAGAAAAAGAUGUCUUAGGUACAACAAAAGUGAAAAUGUCUAAAGACGCCACGAUUGAAAGCGAAUUCGUCGAACGCCGAAGAAUAGCACUUACACGCUUUCUGUAUCGAGUGCUCUCUCAUCCUAUCCUUCGAGACGACGAAGACUUACGAGCGUUUCUGACACAACAAGGAGAUCUUCCCCGGGCGACAAAUACUCAGCUAUUAUCAGGUGCAUCGGCUAAGAAGAUGUUUCGAAACUUUGGAGACGCCAUAGGCAAAAUAGCUUACAAAAUGGAUGAUCCUGAAGAGGUAUUGUUUGUUCAUCUUAAUCCGAUCAUUUUCUUACCACCAUUGACCAUAUUUAUUUUUGUUUUGGUUUGUUCUUCCUCCAUUCAUGAAGAUUUGGCCGAUACGACCGCGACCUGGUCAGAAAUCCUGAUUGCUGUUCACGGAUGUUUGUCUCCCUAA